ACUAAUUACGCUUCAACAACAACAUCAUUUUUCACGUAGAUACAAACGUUAACGGAGUAAAGGAGUAAAGAAUCUCAGCAUGACUCACCGAGCCAUAUUCCUCGCUGUUUUAGCAACAUUGACGGUGGUGCAGAUUGGCAAAGCCCAGAUACCAUUUAUGGGUCCUUUUGGACCAGACAUGAUGGGAAUACAGGCAAAUAUUGCCAACAUGGCGGCCUCUUUCCAGUACCAAAAUGCGGAAAUGGCGCGCCGUUCACAGUGGUCACGCAGGUUCGGACCCGGAGAACGAGAAUUUCGAACGUCAGACGGUGGAAGGGGAUAUGUGUACAAUAGCCCCGGCGGCACUUUCAGUAGCUACUCCUACUCGUCGGGAGCUCCCUCUAGCGGCUACAUGUACACUUAUGGACCCGACGGUGCGUAUGAGAGACACUGGUAGCCAUGGAAAACAGGACAUUUUAUUUCUUACUUCGUUAAAUGCCCGUCAAAUAGUAAGGGCAUUCUCAAAACGUUUAUUCAUUCAUAUGGUUAGCAGUUUGUAUUAAUAAAAUAUCGAAUCUGAGAAUACUUCUUUCGUUAGCUCUAUGUGGUAAUCAAAGGAUAUUUAUAUUGUCUUAUCAAAAGCGUUGUUUUUUUCAUAAAAUGUUGUUAAUAUAAAUAAUAAAACAAUUAACGAUG